AGCGGAUAGAUCAUGGAAGUGUAGGGUUGCGCAUGCUUAUGCAACAGUUAUUUCCAAUGCUGGCUUAAUUGGAUCCUGAACAGAUUUUAUCAUUGAUGGAAUUCUUAAUGACACUGUCGUCAUGAGUUGCCGUAGCUAUGAAUAACUGUAUAAUUGUGCCUUUUUUUUUUGGUCGUUGAAUGCGUCGUAAGUUUCUAGUUCCAUUUCAUGAUACAAUUCUUCAUUGGAUCUUUUUUCCAAUUGAAUUUCAACUUAAACAAUUUAGAUCGUGAAGAAUGAGAAUUGAAAAGUGUUACUUUUGUUCCUCCAAUAUAUACCCUGGCCAUGGGAUCACAUUCGUCAGAAAUGAUUGCACUGUGUUUCGGUUUUGUCGUUCAAAAUGUCACAAAUUGUUCAAGAAGAAGCGUAAUCCGAGAAAGACAGGAUGGACGAAAGCUUCUCGUAUGGCACGAGGGAAGGAACUCAAGAAUGAUAGCACAUUUAAUGUUGAAGCACGACGUAAUGAACCACUGAAGUAUGAGCGUCAGUUGUGGCGUGAAGCAGUUGAUGCCGCUAAAGAAAUAAUAGCGUUGCGUGAAAAACGUUAUGGUGAGCAUAUCAGAAAAACCUUGCAACCCGGUAAAGCUGUCAAACGUAUUGGUGAUCUGCAGAAAGCUCGAAAGAAGGUGUAUCUGAUACGUGCUCCCUUGCAAUCGAAAAAGCAGGCCAGUAGCACUGGAGAAGUUGAGCAGAAAAUGGAAGAAGAGAUGGAAACAAACUGAUAAAUUUUUGAUAUUGUGUUGUGGGUUGUAGUUUUGUACAUUAUUUUUUAUAAUGCUUGUUUUAAGAUAAAAUCAUUCUUCAUGUAAAUAAUUUCUUAACUUGGCUCCGAAAAUUACAUAUUGCAGCAUUUGAAGUAAAAACUGAACUGG